CCGGCCGCCGACAUUACAACUUUAUUAUCCUGCCCUUCAACUUUCAUCCUCACUCAUUCAAAAAGUCGGUCCAAGCGGCAGCAAGACGCGCAGGCUGUGCGUAAUUGCCCUUAUGACGCGCGGGUGAACCGGGCUGGAUGUAGAUCGAGAUUGAAGCUAUACCGGUGUAAGAGCAGCUGCGUGUGGGACGUGGGACGUGGGACGUGGGGGGGGAUGAGAGAUGUCCCCGUCACUCAUGGACACCAGGGACGGACCCAGCAGCCCUUGCUCCCUGUCAGCUGAGGAGAGCAACAGCAACACGGCUGGAUCGGACAGAGAAGGAGACGGACAACAGGUGGGAAAAACCGGGGGGAAAAGACGAGAGAAGAACAGAAACGCGGCCAGGAAGACCCGCCGAAAGCAAACAGAGAGAGCUGACGAACUUCACGAGGAGCUUCAGCGUCUCGAGCAAUCAAACUCCUCCCUUCAAAAUGAGAUCGCCGGAUUGCAAAAAAACCUCCAACGCUACACAAAAGCUCUGGCACGUCAUGAGCCUUACUGCUGCCUCCGAGCCUCUGCGUCCACCUCGAGAAAACACGUCUCUGCGUCCGACUCAGGUGUCUGCCAGAGCACCUCAGGCCCUCCUCCGAGGUUCGGUCCCCAGGCUACGAGCUCCCCUCUGGCUACUCCCCCUUUGGUCUCCUCCAGCCUGGGUCUUCAAGCCCAUCUCUCAUCCUUAGCUUCUCCUCAAACAUUCUCCUUGUCUUCUGGCUUGUCUGCCAAACACGUCAUCCCCUCCUACUCUGGCCCUAUAACUUCUCGUUAUUCUGUCCCAGAUCGUCACUCUUUGUUCCGAAAAGAGCCUCCAAACACCACAAGUCCGACAGGGGUUACGCCUCUUUGCACCAGCCUACUUUCAACCUCUAUUACCCCCAGCAUCCUCGCCGCAGCUGCUCAGCCUCAAUCUGGGCGAGACAUCAUCCACAGAACCUCCUCAGUGCCUGCAAAUGCGUGUUUUCCUCCUCUUAAUUCUGGCACAUUGGAUGCUUUUUUAAUAAAGCAAACCUCUGUGGUGCCCCCUUAUCAACAUUUGGAGGUAGAAUGUGGAGGUCCAGUAUUCAAAGCUGGUCCCAUGAAUGGGCCCCAGCUUCCUCUGGGUCGGCAUUGUGGAAAUCCAAACAGCUCAAGUCCGCUGCUACCACCAACUCUUCAGGAUCCUGCUGUUCAGUCACCUCAGGCAAACUUGGAGCUGCCUCUUGCCGCUGCCUCCUUUGGUUACAGACAACAAACAUCCAAUCAAGAGUCUCUGCUCUCCCUCCUCACAAUCCCGAGUCCUCUGAACAGCAGCAGCAGCAGCUCCGACGCACUUGUCGGUCAGCCUUCGUCCUCGCAGCUGCUGCCGGGCAAUCCCUCAAGUGACCUUUCUCUCUCUGAGCUGCUGGAGAUCGAUGAUUGGAUCCUAAGUGGAGCUAGUAAUCAAUAACGCUACAUGUCACAAGGCAAUGGAGGACCAGCAUCCCUAUUUCUAAUUUUUGAAUUAACAUGUUUUCAGCUAUUUAAUUGAAAUCUGAGGAUUUAGGUUUCAGCUCUCUUCCAAUAGAACUGACUGUUUAAAGCAACUACUGUAUAAUGCCAGGUUUUAUAGACAGAUUUUCACAUCUGACAUUCAGUUGGUUGUUAUUAAUGGUAACUGGCAUCAGAAAAUGAACCCGUCUGAGUUGUUGCUCUUAAUCAUCUAUUUCCUCUGCUUAAAGGGAGACUUUCACAUAUUUAUACAACUGACAGACCCAAAAAAGGCCAUAUUUAAAAAGCACAGGUCAAAAUAUUUGGAUAUUUAGUUCAGAAGUUCAGGUUAAGUUCCAACAAUGCAAUGUCUGGCAUUUCCCAUAAUGCAUCCUGUAGAAUGUUUAAUUAGACUUUCAUUGUCUGAGAAUAUUAACUGUUAAUUUUUUAAACCCUAUGCCCUCAUUUAUAACACAAGCUUUCAGAUAUCACUGAAGCUCAAACUGAGAUUAACCCUGAUAAAAGCACUAUCACUUGCUUUUCUCAGAUUGAUCAGAGCCAUAGACGACAACAUACAACGGUUUCCAUAAGCUGUCUAAUGCUCAAAUUUUAUAAUCAAAUAAAAACAAUAAAAAGUCGUCUCCCAUAGAACGCAGUCCAGUGCGUAAAGGAGACUCAUAUAUUUGUUAAACAAGUUUCCUGCGGCUGCUAAAUUCUCCAUCUUUCCUUGACAACAGGCAACUCUUUGUUCAGUGAACGAGAAGCUUGUGAGUCCGUUGUUUUCAGGCUCAAAUCCAGCAGUGGAAACUUUUUCUUAGUUUUGAAUUUUGUAUAAAUCAAAAGUGGGCGUCAUGCCUUUCAAAAAAAUACUGACUCAACACUCUGAACUUUAACUUGUUAUUUUAAAAAGAGGUGGAGUAAACACUUCCUCACCACUUCAUGGAAAGGAGGAAAUGUGCCUGCAGCUGCAAUAUUUAAAAUAUAUAUGAUGGUGCCAAUGUUAACCACACAGCCUGCGAACUGGCUGCAUGUGACGUUCAUCCUGAUUUACCCAUAGGAAAGUAUAUUAUUUUACUCUUUUCUUUGUUUUACCUCAUUGAAAAUACAUUCUAACAUAUUCAGCUGCUACUAGUAAUUUAUUUAUGGUAUAUGCAAUAUUUCAAUCCAAGACAAAAUUAUGUGCGUGACUUUUAUUUUAAUAAAUGCUUUUGGUUUCUGUAUUGUACAUAGACUGUAUAUAAAGGUGGACAACACGUCACCACUUCCUCCUACUAUCCAGAUAUGAAGCCAUUUUAUUCGCGGCCAUCUUGCCCAUUUGAAGCCAGAGAACAAUUUACUCUAGAACAUAAAAUCUGUGUAAUAAUAUCUACAGAAAAUGACAGAAAACCUCUGUGAGAAAUAAUUAUUUAGCAUGUACUUUGAUCCUGGAUUUAUGACCUAUAUUACAGCCAGCCACCAGGGGGCGAUCAGGAUGCUUUGGCGUCAAUAUUGGGGAGCCAUCACGUUGUCCAUCUUUAUGUACAGUCAAUAUUAUUACUUAUAAUUUUUAUCUACUUUGCAUUUAAAUAUAUCACCAUAGAGGGUGUGCAGCAGGGUUCCACAGCUAAUUUGUGUCCACUAGGGGGCCCUCUAGUAGUAAAAUGGUGGUUUGAAAUGCAGCCAUGAUUUCAAUUUUGGUGAGGAGACCCUUAUGUGCAGUCGAAUGAAUGUAAAAGAUCAUCAGUCUGCUUUUUACAAACUAAUGUGGGGGCGGCUUCAUUAAGCGUGACGAUGGCGGUGAGGGUAAAUGAGGGGGUCACAGAGGUGGUGGCUCGCCGACGUCCUCACCCCUGAGAGUAUAAACCUAUGAUCACUACAGUUGUAGAACUGAUCAUCUGCAUGAGAAAAAUGAGAAGAAGAAAUAAUUGUUCCUCUUCUUUUGUCUUCUUGCAGCUGCCUAAAUCUGUUAUCUCCAGCUACCAGCCAAUAGAUUGAAAUAUUUUUUAAUGUGUUUUUUUUUUAACGAUUGUAUUAUCAUGAUUUUGGUUUUAUAUAUGAUGGUUUAUGGGAUAAAUCUGCUUCGUACACAAUAUAUCUAUAGUUCUAUUGGAAAUUGUAUUCCAUGUAGCAGCUUCACUAGCUUUAUAGGAAGAUGUUGAGUAUGUAUGUGUG